CUAGCCGUCGGCCUUCCUCGCACCUCGAACGACGGGGCACCUCGAACGACGAUGGCAGAGGCGGUUGCUGCCGGCGGGCGGCUGUCGAACAUUGGUGAAGGUGAUUUCCUCCUCCCCAUUGCCCACGUCCGUCUUCGAGAACUCUUUGCCCUUCCACAGUGCCCCACAGAUGCCGUUGACCAUCCGUGCCCAGAUCGACCUGCCGGGCACAGCGAUGGGCAGGCCCUUCGCGAGGGCCUUGCUGCCUAGUGUGGCAAGGGGGAGGCCCGCCGAGCCGUCACCAUUGAGGAACAACUCCUCGAGAGCACGCCGGUCGAGGCCUCUCAGAUCCGCCAAAGUGCGCGGCACUGUCGCAGUCUCGGCUGUGGCUAAGCAAUCAAUGACAACCAUGGAGAGAAGAAGGUGUAUUGCAAAAGCUGGCUUCUCUCGGCGUGUGCGUGUGUGUGUGUCUGUCUGACUGACCUGCACUGUUAAGCUUCUGCAU